AUGGUUGCCUCCCAAGAGAUUCAUAGCGAUGGAAGCCACCUUCUCGAGCAACCGUGGAAAUCCGAAAAGUUGGUUCAACUUCGAACGGGCAAAAUAAAAACGGUGUUUGGGCCGGACAUUCGCACAGCGAUCUACAAGAGCGCCCACAACGAGCCGAUUAGCGUUACAAAGUUGAUCAUCGGGGCUGAUGAACACGCCUUUGAGCUUGGAGGCGGGCCAGAUCGAGUAUUGCUGCAAUACUGCUCGCAGCACUACGAUAGAUGGAAAAUGGAAUUGCCAGCUAGUGAGGAUCUUUUCGCACCAGGAGGAUUUGGGGAAAACCUCGUCGCACGGUAUGCUAAUGAGAGGAAUAUCUGCAUUGGCGAUGUGAUCCAGAUUGGGAACGUGCUUGCCCAGGUCACCAUACCGCGGCAACCUUGUUUCAAGUUGAACCACCGAUUCCAAGUCAAGGACAUGGCUCGUAGAGCACAAGACUCGUCCCGAACUGGCUGGUUCUAUCGCAUCCUUGAGGAAGGGACAAUUCAAACCGGUGAUGAAAUGACACUCCGCGAACGGCCAAACCCUGACUGGACUGUCGCCCGGGUUCAACACCAUCUCUAUCACGACAUGCGAAACGAGGAAGCCAUGAAAGCGCUCGUCCAGAUCAAGGAGUUAGGUGCAGAAAUCCGCAAUAUCUUCGCCAGCAGGCUCAGGAAGCAAUACGAGAAUCAAGCAGCGCGUAUAGGAGGAGGCGAUGCAAUGGCGCUGACCACUUGGUCCGACUACAAUUUGGUCAAAAGGAGGGCCGAAACUCCGAAGAUAGUGUCACUCACGUUCGCCGCGAGGGACCCUAUUCGAGCACCCGAAUUGGUUCAGCCAGGAUCACACGUCCGGCUCCGCCUGGGAGGGAAACUUGUGAGAGCCUAUUCCGUGGUCGCGGGUGAUACGAAUCAAUUUGAACUUGCCGUUGCUCACAGCGCGCGUAGCCGUGGCGGGUCUCGCUUUAUCCACACUCGCUUGCAGCAAGGUGAUACACUUUCCGUAGGGAAGAUAACUUCUAGUUUCCCCCUUGCGGUGGAUGCUGAGAAACAUGUCUUCAUCGCCGGCGGAAUUGGCUUGACGGCUUUCAUUGCCUCAGCUCAACGAUGCCAGAGGGAUGGAAGUCCUUAUCAUUUGCAUCAUCUCGUCAGAACAUCGAGUGACAUUGCCCUCCGACGAUACCUUGACGAGUUUAGCAGCAAUGUCACAGUCUACGAUAAGUCGCAAGGAAAACUAUUCCAUGUUGAAGACGUCCUGAAAGGGGCUGGCUCUGGAGCCCACAUAUAUUGUUGCGGCUCCGAUCGACUGAUGGUCGCCGUUGCAGAGUCCGCUCGGUGUAUCGGCAUCGAUCAGGAGCGACUACACUUCGAGAAAUUUGAGAUCUCAACGUCUGGCGACCCUUUUGUUGCUCAGCUAUCAGAGUCAAAGAAGAAAAUUGAGGUCAAUGCGGAGCAAACACUCUUGGAUGUACUUCGCGAAGCCGGGCUGGAUAUUGCAUCGUCAUGUGAAGCUGGUCAUUGUGGCACGUGCCGGGUGGGUGUUAAAGCAGGAAGGAUAGAGCAUAGAGGGACGGGGCUGAUGGACGAUGAGAAAUGCUCUAGCAUGCUAAGCUGUGUUUCUCGAGGGGUUGGGGAAAUUAUCUUAGAGCUUUGA